GUCGCGAGUCAGAGAAAGACAGAGGGAGUAACGGGACCUGGGUUGGUUUGGAAAUUAAAUCAGACGGAGGGAAACGCGGCCAAGCGUGGAGAUACGACAUUGAAAACAGCUGAGAUCACCUGCUUCCACCUCUCGGCAUCUGCAGGUGGGGGGAGUAGCCGAUGGAGUGCUGAAUUGAAAGACGUAGCACCGCGACGGGGAUGAAGAUGCUCUCCACUCUCCCUCUGGACCUCCUGAUCCAUCCCAUCAGCUUCAUUUAGAGUUCACCUGGUGUUUUGAUGAAAGCCAGACUGUGAAAAAGUUGCAAACGCCUACAUACACAGAUCGUUUUUAUCUCCUCUUGCUUGUCUCCUGGCAGAGCAAGCUUAUUGGCAUUUUUUGCAGAACAGUAAUACUCACUACCACUUUUUAUAAACAGUUUUUAAUGAAAACAUGGCGAACAUGUGCCCGUAUGGUCGCUUCACUCACGCCGUGGUGCGGGGAAUCCCAGAGACCUUUGGGAAGGCUGCGGGAGACGGUCGUGAGAACGUGGAGACAUCAGUGGAUCUGGCCAAAGCUCAGCGUCAGUUCGGUUGCCUGACAGGAGCCCUGAGGCAGAAGGUUGGCCUGCAGUUGAUCGAGAUCCCCCCUGACCCUGAGCUGCCGGAGAGCUGGAGGAUAGAGGAUGUGGCAGUCAUCCAGGGAGACACGGCGCUCAUCACCAGGCCCUUCAAACAGCAGAGGCGCAGUGAGGUGGAGGCAGUGAGGAGGGUGAUGUCGGAGCUGAAUCUGACGGUGGUGGAGAUGGGGACUGAGGAGGGGGACUCUGCAGGAGCCACCCUGGAGGGUAGCGACAUCCUUUUCACGGGGAGGGAGUUCUUUGUCGGCAUCUCCUCCCACACCAACCGCAGAGGGGCGGAGGUGCUGGCAGACACUUUCAGGGACUUUGCUGUGUCCACUGUCCCCGUCUGCGGUGGAGCCCGACUGAAAAACAUCUGCUCCAUGGGAGGUCCAGACACAAUCAUCAUAAGCAACAGUUAUGGGGCCAAGAAGACACUCCGGAUGAUGGAACAGCUGACUGAUCACCACUAUGAAGUCCUCACUGUCCCUGAGGAAUCGGCCGCAAACUGCAUCUACAUCAAAGGUCCGUCUAAACGGGACUUCCUGCUGCACCGGCCUGCAGACGAGUGUCCUGACAGUGUCUCUGCCUUCCAGAAGCUGCAGGACUACACCCUCCUGCCUACAGCCUGCAGCGAGGCCUCCAAACUGGGAGCGUCCCUGUCCUCACUCUGCCUCCUCAUCAACAGAAAGCACACGUAUUUCUGAAGACACACUCCCAACACUCAGUAUGUUACACAGUAUUUACCUGCACAUGUCCGUGGUGUGGUGGAGGGGGGCCUCCGAAACACUUCCCACGGAUUUAAAAUUCUUGUCUAUUUAUUGUUAAAGGAAACACUGACACACAGCGUUUGUAUGAGAGAGAAUACGAUCCAUCUGUUAACAGACUAACUGUACCAAACACGCAGAUUGUUGGCACAGCUGCCCCCCCUGCUGAACCAACAGUGCAGCACACAGAGGUCUUACAACACCACUCAUGAAACCACUAAAUUCAACUGUAGUUUUUGUUUAACUUGGUAAUUUGUAGGCACCACUGAGCUAACAUUAAAACAAUUGAAAUUGGAGACUUUUUAAUAUCUUCUAAGGCCUUUUUAUUUUGAGGAAACUGAAUUCAGCGCUGUAGAAAACCCCGUGGUGCUCAAAUUCAUGAUCAUGUGUAGCUCUUAUAUCCAUAUUACAACAGGUUGGUAUCCAUUUCAUUACUAUUCAAGUAUUAGUUGUUUUACUGACAGUUUAAAUUGCAGGAUGUGUAGCUGCUAAGUAUAAAAAUGCAGAUUUUUUUAUUAAAUAGUUUUAGCUUUUCCUAUGUAUGAAUUUGUAGCAAGUGUAGAGAUGCCAAUAAAAUGUAUCUGCCAACUUGUA